AUGUCAUCUAUAGAAGAGACUGUUAGUGAAGGUAGUUAUAAAAAUGAAGAAGAAGAAGAAGAAGAAGAAGAAGAAGGAAAAGUUGAUGAUGAAUCUAAAAAUUCUAAAUCGGAAUCUGAAGACGAAAAUAGAAUUAGUAAUGAUGAAAUUACUCCCAUGGUUAUUCCGGAUAAGCCUUUGACUCAUGAACUUGCAGCGUGCUGUCUUUCUUUACUUCAUAGAUUGGGCUAUGGGUUUUCACAUGCAUUCACAAAGUUUACUUGUACAAAUAAAAAGAUAACGGACAUCAGUAUCCUUGAGAAUUUUCGGUUUCUUCGUUUCGUUAAUCUGAGUUACAAUUAUAUUUCCGAUUUAACUCCACUUUUCGCUGCAGAAUAUUUAAUGUACCUCAAAGUCGACCACAAUUAUGUUACUCUGCCCGGCACACACAAAAACCUACAGUAUCUACAAUUUAUGGAUCUUUCCUACAACAAACUCAAGUCUACCGAUUACAUUAAUCAUGGUCGUCUGAAACAUCUUAUUCUAAAUAAUAAUGAAAUUGAAACCCUCCGUGGAAUUGACGCACCUCCACUUAAUCAAUUCAAACUUCGCUCUCUCGAAACUUUGGAGUUGCAUGGUAAUAAAAUCACAUCCACAGAUGGGCUUGAAAAUCUUUACGCCUUAAAAACGCUCUAUUGCAGUGGAAACCGCUUACGUAGUGUUGGAGAUCUCUCAAAAAUGCAAGGACUCGUAACGCUUUAUCUAAUGGAUAACCGUAUCGAACAUUUAGAUGGAUUCAUCAACGGGCUUCCGAAGCUUAAAUACCUAAACCUAGGAACACUCAUCUUAAGCGGUAAUCCGGUUGCCGAUCGGGAGAACUACCGCCAAAUAACAUUGGGAAUGAUUAACAAGCUCCGACGUCUAGAUAGAGAAAAGACGACACCAGAAGAACUCUCAAACUCUCAUAACUUUUUCCAAACGCUUGAUGAAAGAUAUAUUGACAAAGGCGUUGAAGAAGACAAUCAAGACGACAACGAGAUUGCUGAAGAUGUUGACGUAGAUGACGAUAAGGAGUCAGCCGUGGAUGAUAAAAAAAUAGACUCAGAUAUUGAAGAAAAUGAGGAAGAGGAAGCUGAAACAUGA